AUGCGAAGGACUGCGAGUCAAAACAAUCUUGAAGAAUUCGAUCCUGAGCCUGAACGUACUUUCAAUCGGCGCAAGAGAGAUUUUAAUUUAUUGCAGAACCCGCAGGCUGUCGCAGAAUUACCUGUGGUCAUGGCUAAUAAUCAACCGGCGAAAGUGAGAGAGGUUACAGUGCCUCGUGUGGCGGAUGUCAUUUCAAGCAUUGUCAAGCCCACCAUCGAAGGGCACUUUGAGCUGAAGCAUCCUAUGAUUCAACUACUUCACUCUAGUGGGCAAUUCACGGGAAUGUCACAUGAGGAUCCUCAGCGUCACAUCCAUACUUUUCUGCAGAUUGUCGAUACUUUUGCUACUGGAAGGGUCACUAAAGAAUAUGUGCGACUGACACUGUUCCCCUUCUCUCUAUUGGGGAAUGCAAGUAACUGGUUAUUAGCAGAGCCGGCCAAUUCUAUCACUACGUGGGAUGACUUGGCGACAAAAUUCUUGACAAGGUUCUUUCCACCAGCAAAGAUCGCUCGCCUCCGAAGAGAGAUCAUGUCAUUCAGGCAGAAAAAUGGAGAGAAUUUGUAUCAAGCCUGGGAGAGGUUUAAGGGUCUUCUCAGAGAUUGUCCUUACCACCAUCAGACGAAUGAAGUUCUGGCACACACAUUCAUUGAGAGUCUGGAUGCCCAACAUAAGUCAUCACUAGACACUGUUGCAGGAGGGCAGGCUCUUGAUCUAAGCUAUGAAGACCUAUUCACAUUAUUGAACAGGUUUACUCAAAGCACUCCAGACUGGCAGGAUGAUGCAGCUAGCAGUUCAGUUAGGAAAGCACCGGGCGUCUUUGAAGUAGAUAAUUUUACAACAUUAUCAGCACAGAUUGAUGCCAUGCGCACCGAACUCAGGAAGUUAGAUGCGUCACAAGCGCCACCACAGGUGCAUGCAGUGCAGCAAGCCAUAGCCUUUUGUGAUGUCUGCGGAGAGGGUCACAACAGUGAUGAAUGCCCUGCAAAUCCCGCAUCCAUAUACUUUGUGGGUAAUGCAGGCAAGGGGCAAGGAAACAACAAUCAAUACGGAAAUUCCUACAACCCAAAUUGGAGGAACCAUCCGAAUAUCAGGUGGAGUGACAACUCAGGUAAUCAGAAGCAGAACUAUCAGUCAGCACCUACUCCUCAAGCUCCCACAAAUAGUAUGGAAGAAAUGAUGAAAAAGAUGAUGGGUGACAUGCAGAAGAUGAUGAUAGACCAGCAGAAGUUGAUAGCAGAUAAUCAGAAUCACGAUUUGGCUGUACGGAAUUUAGAGAGGCAGAUGGGACAGAUAGCUGGUGCACAAAAUACUAGACCACCUGGAGGACUUCCAAGUGACACAGAUGUGAAUCCCAAGCCUUGCAAUUCUGUAACUCUGCGAAAUGGGCGAGAACUAGAAGAAGUGACUUCAAAGAAAACUGUUCGAGUAGAAGCUGAAAAAGAGAAGAUUGCUACAGAAACAAGUGAAAAAGAGAAGGCAGUCGAGGCACCAGUGGAAAAGCAGCCACAGGCCGUGGUUGCAAAGCCACCGCCUCCAUUCCCUCAACAACUGGCAAGACAGAAAGAAGAGGCUACUUAUUUGAAGUUUCUUGAUUUGCUUAAGCAGGUACGCGUGAACGUCCCCUUGGUCGAUAUGCUGCAGGGUAUUCCAAAGUAUGCUAAGUACAUCAGAUAUAUUGUUGCAAACAAGAGUCGUUUCACAGAGUAUGCCACGGUUUCACUUACUGAGGAGUGCACUUCUCGUAUUCAGAACAAGUUGCCCCCAAAAUUGAAGGAUCCCAGAAGUUUCACUAUUGAGAUUUCUAUUGGGACACAGGUUGUUGCUCGAGCACUUUGUGACCUAGGUGCAAGUAUAAAUCUGAUGCCUUCGUCUAUCUUCCGGAAGCUAGGGUUGGGAGUGCCCAGACCAACCACUAUAGUUCUUCAUCUGGCAGACAUAUCGUUAGCAAGACCCGAAGGCAUUAUUGAAGAUGUAUUGGUAAAAGUAGGGUCGUUGAUAAUUCCUGCUGACUUUGUGAUAUUGGAUUUCGAGCCAGACCCAAAAGUCCCAUUUAUUUUAGGGCGUCCGUUCUUGGCCAUAGGGAGAGCACUUAUUGAUGUAGCUGGUGGGCAGCUUACCAUGCGAGUACAUGAUAAAGUAGAGGUCUUCAAUGUAUACCAAGCUCUGAAGAUGCCUGUAAUCUAUGAGGAGUUGUCCGCCAUUACUGUUCUAAAUGAUGAUACUCGAAGGCCACUCAUCACUUCUCAUGAUCCGUUGGAGAGAGCCUUGGUGGGGGAUGAUAUUUUUGGUGACACGGCGGCGUUUGAGAUGGUGCAGAUUCUGGAUAUGGCGAGUAUUUAUAUUCGGGCAGGCGAGUUUGAGCACUUAGACAGGACAAUGGGUGUAACUCCAAAGUUAUCAAUUGAAAAGCCUUCGAUGUUGGAAUUGAAGCCCCUGCCCGCCCAUCUUAAAUAUGCAUUAUUAGAUGAGGGGGAUACCUUGCCAGUGAUAUUGGCAGCAGAGUUGACCACCGAAAAGGUUAAUAUUUGUCUCAAAGUAUUGACGUCCCACAAAAGAGCAUUGGGGUGGCAGAUAUCUGAUAUUUAA